UUUUUUUAUUUUAAUUUACAAUUUUAUUUUAAAAUAUUAGAAGAAAAAAAGUAUAAGAAAUAAAAUAAAAGCGUUUAUGGAAACCAGUGAAAGCGGUAGUACAUCACCGGCAAGCCGAACACCACCACCAUCUGCACCAGAAGACGAUAUGAGCGGUGCUCCAACUGAUUUAAGUGCAGAGAUGAAACCAAAAGGUGAACUGAUGGAAUCACAGCAGAAAAUAAAAAAAUUGGUUCGCCGUAACGCAUCCGACAAAUUGAAAUUGAUCCAAAUGGUACAUGAUAAUCCAAUACUCUGGGAUUCACGCUUACCAAACUUCAAAGGUGCUGAAGAGGAGAAGAAUCGUGCUUGGGAACAGAUUGGUAAGCAUUUCAAUGCGCCCGGACGUAGAGUAGCGCGUGCAUUCAAGUCUUUGCGUGAAUCUUAUCGUCGCGAGUUAGCGCACGUCAAGAUCAUGGGCAACGGAUUUAAACCAAAAUGGAGCCUUUACGAAGCUAUGGAUUUCUUACGCGAUGUUAUCAGGGAACGAAAGAGCGAUCGGCCUACACCUCCUAACCACUCGCCAUCGAAGAUAAAGUGCCGCUCACCUCACUCGGUAGAGUUACAUGGAACGCAAGAAAAAAAAUUGAAGCAGAUUUCCCCAAAAAUAACAGAUCUAUUUGGACCACAGCACGAAACAGCGAAACUUUAUAAAGGUGGUUCACAUGCUACUGACCAAUCGGCCAUUGGCCUUAACUUGAGUGCAUUUUCGCAACAUAUCAACAACAACAACUAUAAUCUGAAUAACAACAACAAUAGCAAUAACAACAAUAACAAUAAUAAAUCCUCAAUGAAAUUGAAUGCAUUACACUCAUCACUACAUUCGUCAUUGCACUCAUCAUUUAAUGAUUCGGUGCUGAAUCUGUCAAAAUGUUCAACAUUAAAUAUGACUCAUGAUGAUUAUUAUUAUUUCGUAAAGCCAGAAUUGGAUGCAUCUGAACGUCACAAUAGUGGCGCACAGCAACCCAUACCUGCUCAUCAAAGUAACCAUACGCAACAACAACAACAUCUACAGCUAUUGAAGAGCGCUCAUCCCGUGCAUAAUGACAGUCGUGUCUCAUCUACACGCAAUGAUACCACACAAAACACAACAUUCGAUGAUAUGGAUGCCUCUUCGUUACGUAGUGGAGAUGAAGUUUCCAUACGCAAUACAGCAGCCAGUCAUCAAGGUUCUGAUGAGGUUGAAGAACUGGAGGCAAUUGAUGCUGAUUUUCCAUAUCCAUUAAUUUUAGACUCUAACUCACCUAGGAGCGCUGGCGCAAAUACUGUUAAACGUAGACGUAAGGAUAUGCAUGGCUCUGACGAUGCUGACGAGGAUGAUGAAUAUGAAGGUCAAAUGUUGCAGCAACAUCGUCAUUUGCGUCAACAAAGCAUGGGCAUGAAUGGUAUGGUUGGUAUGGAUAUGCCGCCACCGCAGACUGUACGGGAAGUUCUUAAUUCCAAAUUUUGUGGUUUCAUAUCAGCGAAGCUAAAUAGCAUGGAAGACACAGAGGCUGAUAAUUUAAUGAACAAAAUACUCAUGUUAUUAGUACAAACACAAAGUAAUGAUACGAAGUGAGAUUUUAAAUUUAUUUAAAUUAAUUACAUGUAAAUAUGUAUCUCAAUCAAUAUCAUGUAAAAAUUUAAUUUAAUGAAAUUGUAUCUGUAACACAAAAAAAA